UCAAAUUCUUUUUUUAUUAUUUCUCUGCAGAAAGGCUAAAUCGCUAACCCAGGGCAAUGAAGACGAUCAGAGAAUUCUUAGUCUACCGCCGGUUCUUUCUCAUUAUUUUUACUCCCCUUCUGCUGCUUCCAUUACCUCUCAUCAUCGGAACCAAAGAAGCAGAAUGUGCAUACACGUUGUUUGUGGUCGCUAUCUUCUGGCUUACAGAAGCCUUGCCUCUGGCUGUUUCAGCAUUAAUUCCUGCCUUAAUGUUUCCACUGUUUGGAAUAUUGGCUUCAAAAACGGUGGCAUCUGCUUAUUUUAGAGAUUUUCAUCUGCUAUUGACUGGCAUAAUUUGCCUGGCAACAUCAAUAGAAAAAUGGAAUUUGCACAAGCGAAUUGCCCUGAGAAUGGUGAUGCUGGUGGGUGUUAACCCCGCAUGGCUCACCCUUGGUUUUAUGAUCAGCUGUGCAUUUUUAUCUAUGUGGCUUAGCAACACUUCUACUGCUGCUAUGGUAAUGCCAAUUGUAGAGGCAGUGGCUCAGCAAAUCAUUAGUGCUGAAGCUGAAGUAGAUGCUAUGGAAAUGACUUAUGCAAAUGGAGCCACUAAUCAUGCCCUAGAACUUGAAGAAAAUAUCAGUGAGAGUGAAACAGUUGACUGCAAAUCCAGUAAAGUUGAUGGAUACAGCAAUGGUACCACUGACGCUGUGUGUGACAUUGAAAAUGAAAAGCAGAAUUCAGAACCAAACCAGUCUGAAAGAAAAUAUCGAAACCAUAAAGACCAUAUGAUAUGCAAAGUCAUGUGCUUGUGUAUUGCCUAUUCAUCCACUAUCGGAGGACUGACUACCAUCACUGGGACAUCAACCAACUUAAUAUUUGCAGAACAAUUCAAUACACGAUACCCUGGUUGCCAAUGCAUCAAUUUUGGAUCCUGGUUUAUCCUUUGCAUCCCCAUCACUAUUAUUAUUUUAUUACUUUCCUGGGUUUGGCUUCUGUGGCUUUUUCUGGGUUUCAACUUCAAAGAAAUGUUCCAGUGUGGCAAGACAAAGUCACCUAGAGAACAAGCUUCUGCACAAGUAAUCAAAGAGGAAUACAAGAAACUUGGACCAAUCAGCUACCCAGAAGUUAUCACCCUUGUCCUGUUCCUUCUAAUGGCCCUGUUAUGGUUUACUAGAGAUCCUGGAUUUAUCCCUGGCUGGUCUUCCUUGUUUUCACAGUAUCCAGGCUAUGCUACAGAUUCAACAGUGGCAUUAUUAAUUGGACUCCUCUUCUUCAUUAUUCCGGCAAAAAGAAUGUCUAGAACUUCAAAUGGAGAAAACAUUGUUUUUGAUUACACUUCACUGAUAUCUUGGAAGGAAUUUCAAGCAUGCAUGCCCUGGGAAAUUGCCAUCCUUGUUGGUGGUGGGUUUGCACUGGCUGAUGGCUGUGAGGUCUCAAAACUCUCAGCCUGGAUUGGAAACAAAUUAACCCCUUUAGGAUCACUACCCAUAUGGUUAAUAAUUCUCAUUUCGUCUUUGAUUGUGACUACAGUGACUGAAGUAGCCAGCAAUCCUGCUACAAUCACUAUAUUUUUGCCUAUCCUGUCUCCUUUGGCUGAAGCCAUCCAUGUUAACCCACUUUAUAUCUUGAUACCAACAACCCUCUGCACAUCAUUUGCAUUCUUGCUACCAGUAGCAAAUCCACCCAAUGCUAUUGUAUUUUCUUAUGGUCACCUGAAAGUUAUUGAUAUGGUAAAAGCUGGACUGGGUAUAAACAUCAUUGGAGUCGCUGUUGUGAUGCUCGCCAUCAUGACAUGGGCACAGCCUAUGUUUAAGCUCCAUUCAUAUCCAGCCUGGGCACCCAUUCCUUCUGUAACAAAUAUCACUGGAUUUUAAAGGAAGAACAGCAGGUUCCUUUCCUUCUUCCUCCCAACUAUGGUGCUAAUUGAUAGAUCUGUAUGGUAUAGUACGGCUGUGAUCUAGGAUAAGUUGUGCCUCAUGGUUCCUUGUCCUGAAUACUGAUACAGCUGCCUGGAAAGCCACAAAGCAAGAAUGUUACAAUCUGAAUAAUGCAACAGAAAGUAAGUCUGUACAAAUGAUUGAUAAGUUCUUCCAGUUAAGACUGUACUCAUCAGAGUUAGAAAAUGACAUUUGUACAUCAUGCACAUUCAUUAUGAAUGAUAAUUUGUCCCUGUUCUUCGGGUCACAAAAUAAAGUAGUAUGAAUGUAAGAAUAAUAGUAGAAGAAAUAUAGAUGGACAGACAGGUAGACAGACUAAUGUAUGACAAACAGAUACUGUAGAUGAUAGGAACCAGAUGUUUUUAAUUAAUUAGCUAGUAAGUCCCCCAGUCCCAGCUUCUUCCAAGAUGCUGGCACUUUAUCUAUUCAUAUGAAGCAUAUCAUAUCAUCAUGCCAUCAACUAACACUCCACGUGUGCUUUCGUCCCCAAUGGUGACAUUUAUUGACUACAGGAAGAUCUUUUUUUCCCCAACAAGUAAUGAAAGUUUCAGAAAUUCAAACUAUCAUGCUAUGGAUUUAAUCAUAUGAUAAAAUACAGACAUGGCAGCUAGGAUGUUCUAUAUGGAUAGAUUCAUGUUGUGUCACAUUAUGGGCAUUAGUUGAUAUAACAGGAAAAAAAACUUUAUUCUGAGGAUGAAAUUCCAUAAUAUUUUUAUUAACAUUAGAAAAGUUAAUUAAAUCAUAUUGAUUUUGAUAUAACCAAUUGCUGGAAAAAGUAAAUGCAUCCCAGCAAAUUUUUAUUGCUUCAUUUUUGAACUGAAAAUUUAAGCACUUUUUUAAUUAAUAAAAGUCACUCUCAAGUCAGUCUUGAUUCCUCAUGACUACAUGGACACAUCCAUGCAGUUGCCUUGCCAAUAGUGCAGAAGUUAUUUGCCAUUAUCUUCUUCCAGAAUCCUGUGGGGGUUUUUACCAGCCUAGAGCUCUGGAGUCUCUGGUGGUCUCCCAUUCAAUUACUAGCCAGUCACAACCCUGCUUAUUAAUAGUCCUUAUAUUCCAAUUGCACUGUGUAGAUCCAUUUUAAUGAAAACAGAUAAUCAUGGAAGAAUUGUAACAAUUUCUUGCCCUCUGAUUAUAAUUCUGGUUAAAAACUAGUUAUGUAAACUCUCCCUUA